AUGUCCCAAAUAACAGACGCCAGUAUACGUGACGCCAUCACGCAGCGUCUAGGGGCCACCCACGUCGAAGUCACCGACAUGUCCGGUUCUCCUGCGCGUCGCGACAACUUCCCACCUCCCAUUCUUCUCAAAAAAGUGCUAACUGGGCGGGGGCUCGUAGGCGGCUGCGGCCAAGCAUUCACAUGCCUCAUCGUUGCGCCCCAGUUCCAGGGCCUCAACUCCCUCAAGCGCCACCGACUGACCAACGCCGCUCUCAAGGAAGAGAUUGCCGCCAUCCACGCCUGGACGGCAAAAUGCCAAACGCCAGACGAGUGGGAGAGGGACAAGGCCAAGGCGGGGCCUCCCAUGGACGGGACCGUUGGCGGACAUGUUGAAGGCACGGGUGCGUGA